AUGGCAGGCGGCAUGGGUCCCCUCAUGCAUCAAUACAAUGCGAGCAUUUCCUACGACUCGCCCCUAUACAAGGAAGGUAUUCUCGGAAGUAUCGCCUUUGCCCGCGCCAACGCAAAGUCUGGUAUGACUUCGAAAGACGACUUUGCCGAAAUCGAGAGGGACCUACACGAUAUUCUCAAAGAGUGGGAGGCAGAUGCCUUUGUCAUCAAGCCUAACGAGUCAUACUGCUAA